CGCGUAAAUCUACCUAAUCUUAGUUGCUUGAAUCCUAGCCCUCGAAAAUUUCCUGUUUAUGCUGCCGCUGUCAACGUUUAGGAGCAGAAGAUCAUGGGGCGUGUGUUGUUGCCCUCAAUCCCUUCGCUUUCCAUCUCGAGCUCUCAUCGCAGUCGGCGCUUCUCCCUGCAUUCCAGAAACACUGACCACAUCGCGUCUAUCUGUUUCUUUCCUGUCGGAUCGCAUUAGCGACGCAGUGGGAAAAUCUAUCAAUAGACUUACGAAUCGUGUCUUCCAGGAUGAAAAGUUAGUAACGGAGUCACGUCGAAAGCUGGAGAAAGUAGCAUCAACGAGUGAGAAGCUUGCGGAGCGUCUGGAUCGGCAGCGCCGUGUCGGACAGCACUGCGUACCCAUAGCAAUACGCGUUGAUAAGUCAAAACAGUACAUCUAUUUCACCUGGCGUGUUGAAGUGUUGACGGCACAAGAGAACAGAACCCCUGAGCAACCAUCGCGUUCAAUGAAUAGUACAUCUGAAGCGGAGUCGAACCUAGCAACAGCAGAACGGGGGGAGCAGUUGACGGCUGACAAGCAUGUUACCCACGCCCUAGCCGAGUAUCUUCGCGCCUACACUUCUAGCACGGACGGCAGUUAUGCUAACAGCAACAUUCUGAUCUACGGUCGCCGCGGCAUCACCAUCGAGCAUGUCUUUCCGGUUGGCAACUACGGCCUACGCAUUGUCUUCUCGGAUGGGCACACUGGCGGCAUCUUCUCCUACGAGUACUUAUACUUUCUGACUUGCUCGGAGAACAAGUACGGCCUCAUGCGAGAUUACAUCAAGCAGCUGCGAGUGAAACGCAAGUCCCGGGAUCCGCCUCGUCGGAUGCCCUCGCGGAGAGAACUCCCGAAGGGAAAACGCCCCUAG